CCUGCCUCCAUUCUCAAGGAGAGUUAGAGAGAGAAAGAGGAGUGAGACAGCCAUGGCUGCCUGAAAGGGAAACAAAGGAAAUUAGAAAUAGAAACUUUUUUUUUUCUUUUUUUUCUUUUUUUUCUUUUUUGUUGUUAUCGUUUUAAAAUGGGUUCUAGUUCGUUUCUCAACUGUACACUCCAAAUCCCUCCAUUUUUGUUAUAAACCCAAAUUCUGUUGAUUCUAAUCCUGUUACAGUACGGAUCAAGAAACACCCAACUCCAAAUUCAACUCGAUUUUUCCGUUUCUGCACAAAACCCUCCCAUGUUUUCGUCAAUUUCUUUGUGGGUGAUUCGAUUUUGAAGGCGAAAUGAAGAAAUUAAGAACUUAUUAUAUGCAUUUGAGAAACCCACCGAACAUGGAGCGGCGAUGGAUCUUCCCAUUAGCAAUCGGUUCGAUGGUUUCUCUGUUUCUUCUGUUUCUUUCUAUGGUGACUUCUCCCGGUGGAACCCCUCUGUUUCCGUUUUACAAAUCGGUGGCUGUUUCGGGUUCGUUCUUCGUUGAAUCGAAGCUUCAUCCGGUUCCGAUUUCAUCGCUCCCUCCGCCGCCGCGAUUUGCGUACCUAAUUUCGGGUUCAAUCAGAGAGGGGAAUAUGUUGAAACGGACGCUUGAAGCUUUGUACCAUCCGAUUAAUCGGUAUGUUUUGCAUUUGGACCUCGAAUCGCCGCCGGAGGAGCGGCUGGAUCUGCAAAGUUACGUGCAGACCCAUCCGAUUUUUCAGAAAUUUGGGAAUGUGCAGGUUAUUGCUAAGGCUAAUCUUGUUACCUAUCGAGGGCCAACUAUGGUGGCUAAUACAUUACACGCGGCAGCGAUUUUACUCCGAGAAGGCGGCGAUUGGGAUUGGUUUAUUAACCUCAGCGCUUCGGAUUAUCCUCUUGUUACUCAAGAUGAUCUGCUGCAUACUUUUUCUCAAUUGCGUCGUGAUCUCAAUUUCAUUGAUCAUACUAGUAAUAUUGGAUGGAAAGAGAGUCAGAGAGCUAAGCCAGUGAUUAUUGAUCCGGGGUUGUAUAUGUCGAAGAAGGCUGAUGUGUUUUGGAUUACACAGAGAAGAAGUGUGCCUACAGCCUUCAAACUCUUUACAGGUUCGGCUUGGAUGGCGCUUUCUCGACCUUUUAUCGACUACUGCAUAUGGGGGUGGGAAAACCUACCUCGGGUUGCCCUAAUGUAUUAUGCAAACUUCAUAUCCUCUCCGGAAGGGUACUUCCACACCGUCAUUUGCAACGCUCAACAGUUCCAAAACACAACAGUGAACAGUGACCUCCAUUUCAUAUCAUGGGACAAUCCUCCCAAACAACAUCCUCACCAUCUCAAUCUCAAUGACUUGCAAAAGAUGAUAGAUAGCAAUGCUCCAUUUGCCAGAAAGUUCGUUGGAGAAGAUCCCGUGCUCGAUGAAAUCGACAAACAACUUCUAAACAAACACCCCAAUAUGGUGGUUUCUGGUGGUUGGUGCAUUGGAAGCCAUGAAAACGGGACCGAUCCAUGCUCGAUCACCGGCAGUAUCAAUGUAUUGAAACCUGGUCCGGGAGCAAAACGACUCGAAACCCUGAUCAACUCGCUGUUAUCGGAAGAGAAUUUUGAAGCUAGACAGUGCAAAUAAAGGUAAAAUUCAUCCCAGAUGGUAAAAUUCAAAUCAUGGAGUCAUUGGUGGAAAAGUCAUAUAAAUGGGUGACUAAAACUUUUAGUGCAAAACUCUGUCAGAAUCUUUGUAAGGUCGAAUAUAGUUUUGUUUUGUUUCUUUUAAGCUUUUUUACUAAGUUACUCA